AUGUCAGUUAAUCGAAGCCAAUUGUCAAGCGUUGUUGAGAUACAAGAAACCAGAAACUGAUAACAUGAAGUUUUUACUAUUGCUCGCAUUCGUCGUCGUCGCUGCUGUGGACGAAUACGACUCGUCGAACGACACGUUGUAUUUAGCAGAUUCCUUGUCUCCGAUGUUCAAUAUCAGCGUGACGGAAAGUCUAGAAUGCAUUAAAGAAUGGGAUAUUACCAAAGCCAAUCUGAAAUACAUGGUGAACAGCAUAGACCUGGAAGACAAUGAGAUCACCGAUAAGGAGAGUCUGAGAAAGGCAACUUGCGCGAUGGUUUGCUGCGCCCAAAAGGCAGCAUACAUGAUAGGACCAGAAAUACAAAUGGAAAAAAUUCUCGACGUGUAUCUAGCUGACAUCCCGAUGGAAGUAAGCGCGGCCAUACGGGAAUCCACGAUGUUUUGCAAGGGCCAAUUGGCGACGCAUAACGACGAGUGUCUCGACAGCUACGUUUUCUUCAAGUGCUUGAUCAGGACGUGCCGCGAUAAGUUCAGGAGGUUGUAAAUCAUCGGGGAAGCCGCGUUAGUGCAUUUUCGAUUCGAACGUUGACAUCUGAGAACGUAAAUAUAUGUAUGUUCUCGUUGUUCAAAAUUCUCGGCUGAGAGUUCGAGAACUGAUUUCAAUUGCAAGCGUAAUUUCUUCAUUACGCUGAUGCUUGAGUUAUAAUUGUACGACAAUUGCGAUAUAUAUCGAAUAAAUAACUUUGACAUAAAACCGUGA